AGGACGUCCUCCCCGAGCCCCGCAGUUUCUAAGAAAAACUGAACAAGAAAAGAAAGGGCGAGAAGCGGCUGAGAGCCUGAGAAGGAUUCAUGGAACCCGAGGGCUCCAAGGAGGCGGCGAAGCAGCCGGCGGAGGUGGAAUCCGGAGAUCCAGUAGAUCCCCGCGACCUAGUGUCAAGCGACGAUGAGAUAGACUACUCGGUGGAGCCCGAGUUCUACGAUCCUGACAUAGACGAUGUUGACGAGCGUUGGGUACACAGGCAGAGGAAAGGCCGGACUUCAGACGCCGUGCUCAGCUGCCCUGCGUGUUUUACUACCUUGUGCCUGGAUUCCCAGAGGCAUGAAAAGUAUGUAAACCAGUACCGUGCAAUGUUUGUGCGCAACUGCAAGAUCAGGACUGAUCAGAUUCUACGGGAGGGGAAAGGAAAAUGGAAAAACCACAAAGUAAGGGCUGUUAAUUCUUCUAGUACACCGGAAGCUGAAAACAAGGGGGCAGUUUAUCAUCCUGUUUGCUGUGAGAUCUGCUCAACUGAGGUUGGAGUGUCUGACGAAGACGAAGUCUACCACUUCUUUAAUGUCAUUCCUAGUAACUCCUGAACCUUGUGGUGGUGGUGUGAGAAUUGUCCCCAUAGUGCACUUUGUCAAUCCUGAGCCGCUGGAGUGUAUGGGGUUCUAGUUACUUGUGUACUGGUGAUCUAUAACCAAUCAAGUUACUCAGGUAUUAUGGAUGCCAUGUUUGCAGUAUUUUUUCUGUUGUUCUUCUGUAUAUGUAUUAGAAACUAGAAAAGUUUGAAUGGGCGGUCUACCCAUGUUUUCACGGCAAUUA